UAGGUUUUGUUGCUGGCCCAUUACGUGAGAAUCGUGUUUUGGCCGCUGGAGAGUUAAUUGGAUAGCACCGAUCGCUCCGAUCCACUUGAAUCAGUCAUAAAUGUUAGCUGCCAGAAUGAGGUUCGUUCAAUACCUGCGUAAGGGUGAUUUGGCCAAGCGCCUGGGUCUGUUGUCCGAGGAUCAAAAAUCCCUUGUGGAAUUCGCCGGUUUGGAGGGAGUGCCCAGUGAUCUGAAGACCCUAAUUGCCCAGAACCCCAAUUUGGAGGAGCUGGCAAAGAAGGCUGAAAAGCAACCGAAAGUCGAGUUGAACGAUGACGUCACAUUGCUGCCACCUCUAACUGAUCCCGGCAAGAUCAUUUGCAUUGGUUUGAAUUAUCAAGACCACUGCGAUGAGCAGAACAAACCGGCUCCCAAGGAACCCAUGUUCUUCAGCAAGUUCAACAAUGCCCUGGUGGGUCCCCAAGAUAAUGUCAUCGCCCACUCUGCAAGCGACAAAAUCGAUUGGGAAGUGGAACUUGUUUGUGUCAUUGGCAAGGUCGCCCGCCAGGUGCCCAAAUCCCAGGCAAUGGACUAUGUCUUUGGGUACACGGUGGCCCAGGAUAUUUCUGCCCGCGACUGGCAGAAGGAACGCAAUGGAGGUCAGUUCCUUAUCGGAAAGUCAAUGGACACUUUCCUCCCACUGGGACCGGCUGUGGUGCACAAGAGCCUGGUGCCGGAUGUCUACAACUUGAAUCUGAAGACCUGGAUCAACGGCGUGGAGAAACAGAACGGCAAUACCGGCAACCUUAUUUUCAAGAUCGAUGAUGUGAUCAACCGGCUGUCGCAGACCAUCACCCUGUUGCCGGGCGACAUCAUUGUCACCGGCACGCCCAAAGGCGUGGGUAUGCACCGUAAUCCUCCAGAGUUCCUUAAGCCCGGAGAUGUCAUCCAGACAGAGAUUGUGGGACUGGGAAAGCUGACCAACAAAGUUGUGGCUCCCUAGACCCGUCUGUUCUUGUUAUGUGUUGUACGUUUGUAUAGUUAUUUGUUGUAUAUGAAACAAUGCAUUUAAUCAAA